UCCAGUCUCCGGCCCCGGCUCCUCGCAAGCACUUCCCACCUCGGGCGAAAGUCCGCCGGGCGCCGGAUCCUCCGCUCGGCCGAGAGGAGGGGGCGCACCCGUCCGCCGCUCGCAGCUUUCCCGGGGAUUGCUACUCCGCUUUGAACUUAAAUGAACUAGCCCCGGACCGCGGGAGGAGGAGGGAAAGCCGCGUCCUCCUGCGCUUUCUGCCGCCUGGCCGCCGGCCGCACCUUGCUCGGGCACCCCCUCCCCGAUGCUGGGGAUGCUCUGAGCCCUCCCAGCCAUGACACCCACCUGCCCCCCGGCGCCGCCAGCCCCUCGCUCCCACGGACUCUGCUGACUUCGCCGGCCUCGCCGCCCCGGCCCCCAGAGCCGGCGCAGCUCUCCCGCCCCCCGGAAAGUACUUCGUUCCCCGCUCCGCCGGGCAGGGGGCCCAGCGCACCCCGCCGCUCCCUUCGUCUCCUCUCCUUGUGUUUUUGUUUUGGUUUGGUUUUUUUUUUCUCUUUUUUUUUUUUUUUUUCUCCCCUAAGUCUUGAAGUUGAGUUUUAGAGGCGACACGGCGGCUUCAGCCGAUUUCUUCCCCUUCCUUUGCCUCCCCAUGGAUAUGCACUGCAAGGCAGACCCCUUCUCAGCAAUGCACCGGCACGGGGGUGUCAACCAGCUUGGGGGGGUGUUUGUGAACGGCAGGCCCCUACCUGACGUGGUGAGACAAAGGAUAGUGGAGCUGGCUCACCAGGGGGUGCGACCCUGUGACAUUUCCAGGCAGCUGCGGGUCAGCCACGGUUGUGUCAGCAAGAUCCUGGGCAGGUAUUACGAGACGGGGAGCAUCAAGCCUGGCGUGAUCGGCGGCUCCAAACCCAAAGUGGCGACCCCCAAAGUAGUGGAUAAAAUCGCCGAGUACAAGAGACAAAACCCGACAAUGUUCGCCUGGGAGAUCCGGGACAGGCUACUGGCCGAGGGCAUCUGCGACAACGACACGGUCCCCAGCGUCUCCUCCAUAAACAGGAUCAUCAGAACCAAAGUUCAGCAACCUUUUCACCCAACACCAGAUGGGAGCGGGACAGGUGUGACUGCACCAGGACAUACUAUUGUGCCCAGCACAGCAUCCCCUCCCGUCUCCAGUGCCUCCAAUGAUCCAGUGGGCUCUUACUCCAUUAACGGGAUCCUGGGGAUUCCUCGGUCGAAUGGCGAGAAGAGGAAACGUGAUGAAGAUGUAUCCGAGGGCUCAGUUCCCAACGGAGAUUCCCAGAGCAGCGUGGACACUUUGCGGAAGCACCUUCGUGGCGACACUUUCACCCAGCAGCAGCUGGAAGCUUUAGAUCGAGUUUUUGAGCGUCCUUCUUACCCUGACGUCUUUCAAACAUCAGAACACAUCAAAUCUGAGCAGGGUAAUGAGUACUCCCUCCCAGCUCUGACCCCUGGUCUCGAUGAAGUCAAAUCAAGUCUAUCCACUUCUGCUAACCCAGACCUGGGGACAAAUGUGUCAGGACCCCAGACGUACCCUGUGGUGACCGGUCGUGAUAUGGCAAGCACCACCUUGCCUGGCUACCCACCCCAUGUUCCCCCAACUGGACAAGGCAGCUACCCAACCUCAACUCUUGCAGGAAUGGUUCCUGGGAGCGAGUUCUCAGGGAAUCCCUACAGCCACCCUCAGUACACAACCUACAACGAGGCCUGGCGGUUCAGCAACCCUGCGUUACUAAGUUCCCCUUAUUAUUAUAGUGCCACAUCCCGGGGCUCCGCACCUCCCACUGCUGCCGCUGCCUAUGACCGCCACUAGUUACCAUGGAAACCACAUGAAACUGCAGGGCGACAGCUUAGGCCUCCACAUUGUACCUGUCUGAUUACCUCCCUCCAUCCCUGGGAAGGGUGAAGAGACCUUCUCCGUUCCUCCCAACAGUCCAGUUCCUUUCUCUUCACCACGAAGGCACCGGACCAAGCGCUCACCGCACCAGACUGAGACCUCCCAUCCUCGCCCUCCCCCUGCCCGACCGCUCCCUCCACGCCGGGAAGAACCCGCGGCCAAGUGGCUUCUCUUGCAGGAGCCCUCUGCCGCGCCACACAAAGUCCCCUUGGCUUCCAGGACUUGAGGGUGACUGGGAAGCAAUGCAGCUGGCAACCAUUGCCUUACAGGAUGCCCUUCUUCUGGGAGCGGUAAGGGCCGGGGAAAGCGGGGGAGAAUGCCGCUCAUGAAACACUGUUCCCCAAAGAUACGCUCUUCUGUGGUGGACUCCUCAACACACAUAAUCUGUGACGCUCACCCUGUUUCCCAGGACAGAGGGAACAGUCUGACUAGAGCAGAGAUGGCAGUACAAAGACCUGGCCCAUCUGGCAAUGAAGAAAAGGACCAAGUAACUAUCUGCACCCCACGAGGGGUUCUCUGUGCACCUCAUCCCCACCCUCCAGCAUGGCUUCCCCCAUAGUUGGCUGCAUAUCACGCAUGGUGACUUUGCAAGCCAGAGUCGGGAGGAACCUCACACAUACACCCACAAAUUCUGUGACACACAAUCAGCUCAGACAGGAGGAUGGAGCAACAUUUACAAACCAACCGACGAAAUGAAGAAAUAUAUAAAUAGAUAUAUAAAUAUAACUGUGUUUUUAUGCUUUGUCAUGAAGGUCUGUAAAAAGAAAAAAAAAAAAAAGAACAAAUCCCCAAUUUUCUAAAAAACCCAAGCAAACAAAAGCAACAAAAAAACCAAAAUAAUAAUUAAAAAACCCUACAAAAAUAAAACUCCAAGUCCCAUCCCUCCCCGCCACCUGAA